AUGUCAGGAAACUUUGGAACUACUGAACAGUCCAGUAUAGGAAUUGAAAAAACACCUUCUGAUGUUGUUCCAAUCAAUCAUCCUUAUUAUUUGAAUGCAUCGGAUUCACCUGGAAUGAAUCUUUUGAAUGUUAGCUUUAAUGGCACUAGCUAUGGAAAUUGGAAGAGAGGAAUACUCAUUUCACUCUCUGCCAAAAACGAACUAUGCUUUAUAAAUGAUAAAUCAGAAAUUCCCAAAGAGGACUCACCUCUGUUUGAUCAGUGGAGAAGAUGCAAUGACAUGGUCAUUGCAUGGUUACUCAAUUCCCUUAGCAAGGACAUUGCUGAAAGCUUGAUCUACUCUUUGACAGCCUCAGAUCUGUGGAAUGAGUUGGAGGAAAGUUGUGAUUGUAAGGGUGGUGCAAAAGAGCAUAAUCAAAAAAUGAACGAGGCUAUUAAGCUCAUUCAAUUCUUAAUGGGUUUGAAUGAGGCAUACUCAGCUGUGAGAGCAAAUAUUUUGAUGAUGAAACCACUUCCAUCUGUUGGUCAGGCCUAUUCCAUUUUACUAAACCAAGAAUCACAAAGAGAGGUACAUUCUGGGAAUCUAGUGGGAACAGAUUCCACUGCUUUUAGUGUGAACAAAUGGAAUGAUAGGAGAAGCUUCAACACAAAGAAAGAAUCUACACAAAUAUCCUAUCCAGAUUCUUCCCAUCCUAGGAAUUCCCAAAACACUAACCAAGGAAACAACUUAUUUUGCACUUACUGCAAGAAAACAAACCACACCAUCGGUAAUUGCUACAGGUUAAUAGGUUAUCCAGAAGGAUACAAAUUUACAAACAAGCCAAAGAAGCCUAUGGGAAAUGCUAGGGUUAAUGCAGUGAAUGCAACAGAGGAAAUUAGUGGAGAUAAUGUUCUCAGUUUUCAGAGAAGUAACACUGAAAUUCCUGAAGGACAAGCCUCUAAAGUGAAAGGAAUGAACAAACAUUCUGCAUUCAACAUCAACAACUUCUCAAAAGAGCGGUGCCAGCAACUAAUUGACAUGUUCACUUCAGUACAAAAUGGAACUGGUUCCCAAGAACAACACACUGUAAACAUGGCUGGUAUAUCUAAAUUUUUUGCAGCCUACACUUCUUCUAUCAAAAGGUUUCAGACAAGCCCCUGGAUAAUUGAUACUGGGGCUUCACACCACAUGACUUUUGAUAAAUCCCUAUUUCAUUCUUUUAAAUUACUCCCUCAUCCUGUUUCUGUAACUUUGCCUAACUCUUAUAAGGUAAAUGUUCAUUAUACAGGAGACAUUGUUUUGUCAGAACACAUUACUCUAACUAAUGUGUUCUAUGUCCCUUCUUUUAAACACAACUUAUUUUCUGUCAGUCAAUUUAUUGAAGAAACUGAGCUUGAAAUUAUUUUUUCUAAAAAGGGUUGUUUCAUACAGGGCCAUACAAUUCAGAGGAAGCAGAUUUUUGGUGAAGCUGUUGGAGGCCUGUUCUAA